GAGAUAGCAUUAAUUAUCUUAACGCUUAUCUAUAAAUAUCCUAUUGACAUUUCUCCACAAGACCAUGUUGCCGUUUGUCAAAAUACCACUGACGUUUCUCCACAAGACUAUAUUGACAUUUGUCAUAAUCAAUCUAGUAUUGAGGAGUAG